AUGGAUAUCCAGUCUCUCUUCUCUGUCAAGGACAAAGUCGUCCUCGUCACCGGCGGCGCCAAAGGCGUCGGCCGCAUGAUCUCAGAAGCCUUCAUCGCCAACGGCGCCAAAGUCUACAUCUCCUCGCGCGACGCAGCGGCCUGCGAAUCCGCCUGCGCCGAGCUCAACUCAACCUCAAACACCAACCGCGGCACCGCCAUCCCCCUCCCCGCCGACCUCUCCUCCCUCCCGGAAUGCCAACGCCUCGCCACCGAUCUCGCCGCCCGCGAAUCCGCCCUGCACGUCCUCAUCCACAACUCCGGCGCCACCUGGGGCACCACCUACGACACCUACCCCGACUCCGCCUGGUCCAAGCUUUUGACUCUUAACCUCCAGCGUGUAUUCACCCUCACCCAGCUCCUCACCCCACUCCUCGAAGCCGCCGCCGCAUCCGCCAAACCCCCCGGCGCCGACAGCGACGCCCCAUCCCCGGACCCCGCCCGCGUAAUCAACAUCGGCAGCAUCGACGGCCUACGCGUCCCCCAACUUCCCACCUUCGCCUACAGCGCCAGCAAAGCAGCGCUGCACCACCUCUCGCGGCACUUAGCCGUGGAGCUAGGGCCGCGGGGCAUAACGAGCAACACGCUUGCGUGUGGACCGUUCCCGAGUAAGAUGAUGGCUGCGACGCUGAGGGAGUUUGGCGAGGAGAUUCGGGCGGUGAAUCCGUUGGGACGGAUUGGUACGCCGGGGGAUGUGGGCGGGGCGUGUUUGUUUUUGGCGAGUCGGGCGGGGGCGUGGGUGAAUGGGGCUACGGUUGCGUUGGAUGGGGGGGUUUCGUUGAUGGCGAAGAUUUAA